GCGGACUUACGCCCUAUAGAUAAGAAAGAGCUCUUUAAUCUACGCUAUUCCUUACUCCGCAAUAUAGUAGAACGAGUAUUCGGGGUACUUAAGAAUCGAUUCUAUAUCCUUAAGAAGCGUACAAAGUACUCUAUAUAUAUAUAUAGAUCCAGCUAG